CGGCCGCCAUUUUGGGCGCGGCCGCCAUUAGCGCCAUGCCCGGGCGGCCCGAGGACUAUGAGGUGCUGCUCACCAUCGGUGCCGGCUCCUACGGCAAGUGCCGCAAGGUGCGGCGCAAGGCCGACGGCAAGGUGCUGGUGUGGAAGGAGCUGGACUACGGCUCCAUGACGGAGGCGGAGAAGCAGAUGCUCGUUUCGGAGGUGAACCUGCUCCGCGAGCUGAGGCACCCGAACAUCGUCCGCUACCACGACCGCAUCAUCGACAGGAGCAGCACGACGCUGUACAUCGUCAUGGAGUACUGCGACGGCGGCGACCUGGCCAGCCUCAUCGCCCGCUGCACCAAGGAGAGGCAUUACUUGGAAGAAAGCUUUGUUCUCAGAGUGUUGACGCAACUAACAUUGGCCUUGAAGGAAUGUCAUAGACGGAGUGAUGGUGCAGUCACUGUGCAUCGUGACCUAAAACCAGCAAAUGUCUUCCUAGAUAGCAAGCAGAAUGUUAAACUCGGAGAUUUUGGACUGGCUAGAAUAUUGCACCAUGAUACCAGCUUUGCUAAAACCUUUGUAGGAACUCCAUAUUAUAUGUCUCCGGAACAAAUGAACCACAUGUCAUACAACGAAAAAUCUGACAUCUGGUCUCUAGGAUGUCUCCUGUAUGAGUUAUGUGCUCUCUCGCCUCCAUUUAGAGCUUACAACCAAAAGGAGUUGGCAGAAAAGAUAAGGGAAGGAAAGUUUAGACGAAUACCAUAUCGUUACUCAGAGCAGUUGAAUGAACUUCUCAAAGAGAUGCUGAAUUUAAAGGAUUAUUGCCGGCCUUCUGUUGAAGAUAUUCUGCAGCACCCAUUGAUAGCAGACUUGGUGACAGAAGAGCUGAAAAAAAACUCUGAUAAAAGAGGCCGGAGAUCCGGGGAGCCAGAGAGGCUGCAGCAUCUGGAUGCUCCAGUGAAUGAGCUGAAACUGAAGGAGCGACAACUAAAAGAAAGAGAGCAAGCCAUUAAAGACAGAGAGCAACGUUUGGAGCAGAGAGAACGAGAACUCUGUGUUCGAGAGAGACUGGCAGAGGACAAACUUGCUAGAGCUGAGAACUUGAUGAGGAACUACAAUCUCUACAAACAGCAGAGGACAUUAGCUUCUGCAGAUGGUCCAGACAACGAGCUACUGUUCCCCCUUUCUACAACCAAGAAGAAAGUCCACUUUGGUGGAAGUGAAGAGAAUGCUAUGCCUCCUGCUAAUGUGGAAAACUACCCCCUUCCCAAAGGGAAAUGUUCUGAUCUCAAGAGACGCCUGUAUGCUGCAAAUCUGCGUGCUCAAGCACUGUGUGAAAUGGAAAAAAACUAUCAACUCAAGAGCAGGCAAAUUCUGGGCAUGCGCUGAAACUGUAACGUAGGUAGAUGGUAUUUAUCUUUUUAGAGUUGAUUAAAUGUAUAGGAAGAUAUUUAUGCCUUCUUUUAAGCUGGAACCUACUGAAAAUAGAGUUUAACAGUCCUUAUAUGCAUUUUUUUAGUCUAGUGCAGGUAGUUCAUAAUAAGGACAUGAGAUUACGUUACAAAAAUAAGUAGUUUUGAUACCAAGCUGAAUUGUAUUACUAAAAAAAAAA